UGGUGGCUGCGGCGGCCUCCGCUAGUUAGGCGCUGCCUCAGCCUGCGGCCGGCACUGCCCGCCUGUAGCUUGGCCCGUGGUGGAUGGACAGAAGCCAUCAUCAGACCAGGUGAUGGCAGCAUGAGUGAGCAUGAGGAGGACAACCCCCAGCCAGGUGGUGCAGCAGCAGCCCGACCCUGUGGGGCCCUCUCGAACUUCUUUGUGAGGGAAGUAUCAUCAGCAGGCUGCGAUCCGGGAAUCGCCUGUAUGCAGCCAGACCUCCUCUCAGCAGAGACAAGGCCAGAGAAGGCUCCUCGCUGCGGCUUCCGGAAGCGGAAGGACACAGUGGUCCACCAGAGAGCGUUCAUGGGAGAGAAACCAUACAUCUGUGUUGAGUGCGGGCAAAGCUUCAACCGCAGCUCGGACCUCAUCCGCCACCAGAGGAUCCACACGGGGGAGAAGCCAUAUGUAUGUGCCGACUGUGGGAAAAGCUUCAGCCGCCGCUCUCACCUCAUCCAGCACCAGCGUGUCCACACAGGUGAGCGGCCAUACCAGUGCAAGGACUGUGGGAAGAGCUUCAGCCAGAGUACCCACUUGGUGCAGCACCAGCGCAACCAUACUGGUGAGAGGCCUUAUGUGUGCGCCAAGUGUGGGAGGAAUUUCUAUCAGAACUCAGGCCUGCUCCGCCAUGCCAACUUCCACACGGGCGAGAAGCCCUAUAAGUGCCCCCAGUGUGGGAAGCGCUUCAGUGACAGCUCCAACCUCAUUGCUCACCAGCGGCUCCACACGGGAGAGAAGCCCUACAAGUGUGCUGACUGCAACAAGUGCUUCAGUGAGAGCUCCAAGCUGGUCAUUCACCGGCGCAUCCACACUGGUGAGAAGCCUUACUUGUGUCCUGACUGUGGGAAGAGUUUCAGCCAGCGUUCACACCUUGUUCAACACCGUCGCACCCACACCGGGGAGAAGCCCUACAAAUGUACUGAGUGUGGGACCUGCUUCAGUGACAACUCUACCCUCAUCCGUCACCGUCGCACCCACACUGGGGAGAAACCUUUCAAAUGUCCCCAGUGUGGGAAGAGUUUCAGUCGCAACUCCUAUUUAGUUUCACAUCAGCGAGUGCAUGUGUGGUAGGCAGUAUCACUAGGUGUGGGCUGUGGAUCUUCUAGGACGCAGCUCCUGAUCCAGACCUGUUCAAAAUGUAUCUAAGGGAGGAGAAGUGUAGAGGGUAUGUCUAUGGGUACCAGACUCUAGGCCCCUGGGUUGUUGUAAGCAGCCAGCCAGAACAGUACCUCUGGCCUGUGUUGCCACUUUUAGCCAUCUCCUUCUCUCAGUGUACCUCAGGCAUAGGCAGAAAAUGGGCAGUAGUUCUGGUGAGUAAGUUCUGGAUCCCAAGGUCCUGUCCUCCUUUCUCCCAAGUACUAGGCCUGGGUUCUGUCUGCCACAUGACCAAUGUGCACGCAUUUCCCUCCACCUUCCUGUGACAGGUGCCUGGAGAAAAUGUGCAAUAUGAUGAGAAGCUGCUUGCAUGUGCUAUUCUGUGACCAAACAUCAAAUGUCAGGCAAGAUGCCUAUGUCUUGGUCGUGUAAUAUAUGCCUAGGUGGCCAUGUCAAGGAAAAUAGGAUGGGAAAUGGGGUUCUUGAAUGACUCCUCAAGGAGCACACUUAGCUGAAAUGUUGUGGCCUAUACAAUGUUGUAUAGGUUUAUGGAAGCUCACCAUGCCAUAAUGUUGUGAUCCAGCUAUGAUGGUCAGGAUGGCCAAAGCUAAAUAAGUCUUACUGAGAGGCUGGAGACUGUAUCACGCACAGGCAAUGUGCGGGCCAACUUGGAGCACAGGCAAAGGUCACUUAAGUCUGCUUGCAAAAGGAAAGUGUAGACAUACCUGAACCAGGGAAGGAAUGCAUUCAAAAGGUUGCUGCAGAUGCUGCUGGGAUGGUGGGAAUGGUGUGGGGGAGCUAUGUGAUAGGGACAAGGCUCAUUCUGGAACUCUCAGAACCAGUAGGUAACUGAUACAGCAAAUUGUCUAACCUGGAGGUUUUAAAAAAAAUCAGAAUUACAUUUGCUGCUGCUAAGGCUGUGGUACACAACUUGACAGGUGUGUGCAGUUUGCCCCUAAGUUUGUGCUGAUGUGGCCUCCUGGUUAUGCAGAAUUCAGAUUCACACAUAUGGCCCAAGGGGGCUGGUAUAAGCUAUUGUUGUGAAAUGGGACAGAACAGCAGCAUACUGAGACUGAUUUGAUUCCAUACCAGUAUUUCCCAAGUCCUGUUUUGACCAGUGUUUGUGUGUGUGUAAAUAACAUCAGUAUGGUUGUAUUCACAUAUAUAUGAACUUGCUUUUAUAGAAGUGUAUCUUUACACUCAAAUGUGAACAUUCACACAGGCACACACCCUGGCAGUGGUCAAAAGGGCUAGCUGUAUGACAACAUACCAUAUCAGUACUUCUGAAAACUUUAAACAUUCUGUAUAUAGUAGCACUUCUCAAUAAGAAGCCACAAGAGAUAUACUUGUAUCAAAACACUUAAAAUUUCAUAUCCAGACAUUCAAUUUUACUCUGAUUGCUUGGUGUGUGUAUAGGAUCUGGAAUUGUUCCUAUAAAUGUGUACACAUGUGUGUAUAAACACACAAAAUGGUGGCACCUAUAGUUGUAAAAAAUGACUUCUAAAUGGCACUCAGCUUAGCACUUUCCAUCUCAUUUUACAUACGUGCAUAUCAACUGCAUUUGAGAGAAGUACCUCACUCAUUAGGGUUUUAACAAGGAAUUGCAAUGCAACACUUUGUUUAUAUUUUGGCUGUGUUUCUGAUGAUUAUUUAGUGAUGAUACCUGACUGGUGUGCUUGUCCAACAUUGUGGGAGCUUAGAAAAGAUUUUGAGUUUUGUGGUGUAUUUACUAGUCCUGCAACUGGCCCCAUGGCUUCAGUAUGUCUUUGGAACAGAGCAAUACAUACUGAAGCCAUUGGAAGGACUGGGGCUAGGAUGGGGAAAAGACUAAGGGAAUAAAGAUAUGAAGGAGAUCUAGGGAUUUGAGCAGCUGCUGGCCAGGGAUGCUUGUGAAUGGCUUGUUCUGCAGCUAGUUCAGCAGAACUUACUACUCUCCAAGGGACUGGCUUCCUUUCUGCAAGCUGCUUCUUGACACUCAACUGCUGAUAAAAAUGUUAUUUUCAUAUUAAAAACAAAAAAAAUCUUUGGGGGGAGCAUGUUUACAGCUCCUAAAGGAACAAGGCACCUUUUUGUGCGGCCGCUCAGGGAAGUAGAAAGAGCUUUCUGAAAUGAAGUGGGCUUUGUUUGCACAGGAACCAAAGCCUUCAUUUGGAAAUGCACAUUUUUAUUUUUAGAUUUCUUCCCUCCCCUCUUUUCCUGCCCCCCACCCCUGAUAGAUGGCUUCAAACAGCGUCUUCUUGGUUUCUAACUUUAUUCUGGAAAGUAUUUUGGAAAUGUGACUAAUGGUCAUCUAGUUGGUUCCAGAAGCUUCAAGAUUUUUAUUUACAAGCAGACUUUAAAAAGGAAUACUACAGUUUUCAGUUGAUAGGUUCAUUUUCAACUGAAUUCAGAGGUCCAGAUAUAGAACUGAUCAAUUUGUGUGGGCCUGUCCCAUUCUGGUUUAAGUUUCCUAAAGGAAAUCUACAGCACUACAAAUGUCUGCUUGGCUGAGAUGGCCUGCUGGCCUGGGAAAGUCAUCUUGUGAAUGCAUUUUUUCUUUGGGAAGUCCACUGUAGCAGAUAAAGGAAAUCACAUCUGGGUCUGCAUAUGAGGGCGAGCUCAAAAGGGAAAUCCUCACAUCAAUAUUCUGGUUUGAGAGGCCAACUCUCCUUGAACACUCCUUCACAAUAGUCUUCAGAGCAUCUCUUUUCUUUCUACGUGCUUUGUGAAGUGCUGUGUAUACUUAACAGUGCUCUAUAAAUUAAAACUGAUGAU